UCUGUAGAAAUAUUGUUUUUUUUUUGUUGUCUUUUGUCACGGCUGGUAGCUUUGUUUCAUCGUGACCCAUAUUGCGCGCACUGUAGUAAUGCUUAAGCUAAUUUAUGACGCUCGUAUUAAUAUCGAAGACACAUAAAACUCCCUUGCAGUUUUUCAGGAAAAGUGGGAAGAUAAAAUUCCCGUCUAAAUGUGUACCCCCUGAAGUGUGAAAUGCUGGGCUGGACAUGGACCAGGUCACCUUCCGCAGUGACACGGUGCUGUCCGACGUCCACCUGCUCCUUCCCAACGCCCGCCACCUCAUGACCCGCCUCAACGGCGUGGGACAGCCAGUUUUCAUUUCGCGGUUUGAGAUCCUUCGGGACUGUGAGGAUCACGACCCCGGCAACGGCACUCCUGUCACAGACGCGGAGGAGAGAGUGUGUGAGGCGUGCGGAGGAGGAGAGGGACCCCGAGGAGAGGGGGAGGAGGAAGGGGGGCAGAGGGAGGAGUGUGGGGGUGACACCCAGGCCCGCCAGGAUGAAGACGGGGAUCUGGACGUGGUUCGGAGACCCAGGGGCUCUGUGGUGCUGGAGCGAGACGCUGCAGACAGGGACGCCAUCCAUCCCAUCAUCCUCAGCAAGGGAGAGGAGGCGCCCGCCAACGAGGAGCUGCAAGAGGAGUGUGCCGGGGACGUCAUAAUGAUUGAGCAUACAAUGGCAACGCCAUUAGAAGAUGCUGGUAAACAGGUGUGGCGUGGAGCUUUGCUGUUGGCCGAUUUCAUUCUGUCUCAGCCAACGCUGUUCCACGGAGCUACCAUGCUCGAACUUGGAGCCGGAACUGGGAUUACCAGCAUCGUUGCAGCAACGUUGGCCAAAGUGGUGUACUGCACAGAUGUGGGGCAAGAUCUUCUGAACAUGUGUCAGCGGAAUGUUACUUUAAACAGACACCUGUUGAAGCCUGCAGGCGGGGAAGUUAAAGUGCGUGAGCUUGACUGGCUGGGAGACGAGUUCUGCACAGAUUCAGAGGCAGAGUUCAGCUGGAUGGAGGAGGAGGUGGCUGACCUGCACGACAACGCCACAUUGCUAAUCGCCGCAGACGUGUGUUAUGAUGAUGACCUCACUGACGCCAUGUUCCGGACGCUGUACAGGAUUACCAGCAACCUCCGUCACACAAGCGUGGCCUACUUAUCCAUUGAAAAAAGGUUGAAUUUCACUCUCCGACACAUGGACGUGUCAUGCGAGGCGUACGACCAUUUUCGCCGCUGCCUAGACGACCUGCAAGACAUCACCGACGGCAAGACGACGUUCACCGUGGAGCCAGUCAUCCCGCGGUUCCCCCAGUUCUUCCACUACGAGCGGAUAGAGCAGCUGGAGCUGUGGAAGGUAACAGCAACACCCCUUUAAAGCAGCGGCGUCGUCAGGUCUCAAACCAGCUCCCACACACUGAGGGACUCCAGGACGAAAAUCUCUCUCACAUUAGCGGGUAUUAACCCUUCACACCUACUGUAGAAAGACCGAUGGGGAAAAUUGUGUGUGCUUUUUCGAAGCAGUUAUGGUUGACUGAGUAUAUUAUAAAGUGUGAUUAGCAGAUUAAGGGAAGUUUUCCUCUUUGGAAUUUGUGUUGAAAAUUGAAAAUGCACAA